GCUGGCGUGCGCGCCACGUGACUAACGGUCGCGGGAAAGCCGCCGAGUCCGAACAGCGCGAGGCGAGCCGUGCCUGAGGCAGCGCCGCACCCAGGGGCGCAGCGCGCUGAGGGGACGCCGCACCGCCGGGCUUGGCCCUGAGCGGGGCUCGGAGCGAGCCGCCAUGAGCUUCCAUUGCUUGCAGCAGGCGGCGGCGCCGCCGCGGCGGGUGUCGGCCCGGCGGGCGGCCGCCCCGAUCCGGCAGAAGCUGCUAUUCCUGAGCGGCCACAGCGACUGCGAGGAGGAAGAGGAGGAUGAGGAGGAGGAAGGCGGCAGCAGCGGCAACAGCACCGGCGAGGACUCGGCCUUCCAAGAGGCGGACUCGCCGCUCUCGACGGCUCGCACCCCGGCGCGGGGCGACCCGCCCCUGUUGGAGGAGGAGGAGGAGGAAGAAGAGAUGGAGCCAGCGGCAGCGCCGCCGCCGGACGAGGGGGACUCGUGGGAGGAGGAGGGCUUCGGUUCCUCUCCGGUGAAGUCGCCCGGAGCCUACUUCAUGGCCGGCUCGCCCUCGCCGCCGCCCCCCCACAAGGGCCGCCGCUACUACAGGCACUCCCCGCCGCACCCGGCGGCGGGCGGUUACCGGGUGCGGAGCGAGGAGCCCAGCUCGCCGCUGCCAGACUACCCCGGCACCCCGCCCCACAAGACCUUCCGCAAGCUGCGCCUCUUCGACACGCCGCACACCCCCAAGAGUUUGCUUUCUAAAGCACAAGGAAUAGGUUCCAGCUCAGUCAAACUUCGAGGGGGCUCUCUAUUUAUGAAUGUUGGGAAAUCGGAGAAGCAAGAAGAAGAUAUUAGAAAAACACCUCAUGUGAACAUCAAUCCCUUCACUCCUGAUUCCAUGUUCCUUCACAACUCUGAAGGAAAAUGUCGUAGGAGGAAGAGAACGCACUGGAAUGACUCUUGUGGAGAGGACAUGGAAGCAAGUGAUGGAGAGCCUGAAGAUGAAACAAUCAGACCUGCUAAGAGGAUAACAAUAACAGAAAGUAAUAUGAAGUCACGGUAUGCCACUGAAUUUCAUGAGUUGGAGAAGAUUGGAUCUGGUGAAUUUGGUUCUGUGUUUAAAUGUGUGAAGAGGCUUGAUGGCUGUAUUUACGCAAUAAAGCGGUCCAAGAAGCCCUUAGCUGGCUCUGUGGAUGAGCAGAAUGCUUUGAGAGAGGUGUAUGCACAUGCAGUUCUGGGACAGCAUUCUCAUGUAGUAAGAUACUAUUCUGCAUGGGCAGAAGAUGAUCAUAUGCUUAUACAGAAUGAAUAUUGCAAUGGUGGCAGUUUAGCAGAUGCCAUAAGUGAAAAUUACAGGAAUAUGCAUUAUUUUACUGAACCAGAACUGAAGGACUUGCUACUUCAGGUGGCUAGAGGCUUGAAGUACAUUCACUCAAUGUCACUGGUACACAUGGAUAUCAAACCUAGUAAUAUUUUCAUAUCUAGGACAUCAGUCCCGAGUACAACUUCAGAAGAAGGUGAUGAUGAUGACUGGUCAUCUGAUAGAGUCAUUUUUAAAAUAGGUGACCUUGGUCAUGUAACUCGAGUAUCUAGUCCACAAGUGGAGGAAGGUGAUAGCCGUUUUCUUGCAAAUGAAGUCCUUCAAGAGAACUACACUCAUUUACCAAAAGCAGAUAUUUUUGCUCUUGCUCUGACUGUUGUCUGUGCUGCUGGGGCUGAACCACUUCCAACUAAUGGGGACCAAUGGCAUGAAAUUCGGCAAGGAAAACUACCUAGAAUACCACAAGUGCUUUCUCAAGAAUUACUAGACUUACUAAAAGUUAUGAUUAAUCCCGAUCCAGAGAAAAGGCCUUCAGCUGUGGCACUAGUCAAGCAUUCAGUGCUUCUCUCUGCUGCAAAAAAGAGCGCAGAGCAGCUCCGGAUAGAGCUGAACGCUGAAAAGUUCAAAAACUCACUCUUGCAGAAAGAGCUGAAGAAGGCACAGAUGGCAAAGGCCGCAGCUGAGGAGCGAGCACUGUUCACUGACAGAAUGACAACUAGAUCUACAACACAAAAUAGACCAUCUCGACUCAUUGGAAAGAAAAUGAACCGUUCAGUUAGUCUUACUAUAUACUAACUAUGAAGUCUAAAAGAACUACUGAGAAUGGCGAUAGCAUCUCUGCUGGACUGAAGCCUAAGGAAUUGAAAGAAGCAUUCAGUUCCUGGUUUCUUGUCCUGACUUUGAUCAGUGUCACUAGUUUUACAGGAAUUGCUUCUGGGUUUUCACUUGUACAAUAUGGCUGAUUAGCUGUAUUAACCAUUUGAGUUAAGGGACUCAGUUACUAUGUUGUCUAUCGAGGAUCCUGGAUGUUAAUCCAUAAGCGUUUCAGUUACACUGUUAAAUGUUACAUCAUCCCAGGGUUAACCACUAUAGUGGUGUGCUGCUUUGUAGUGUUACGGCAUUGUAAUAAGUAAUAUCCCUAAUGAUCUUUAAGAGGGAGGGAGGGGGCCUUGCUUUGAUAGUUACUGUUUUGGUUUUGUUUCUUGUUUUUUUUUUUUUUUUUGGAGCAGAGGGGAAUGAAUUUUAAAAGACAGGCUUUAAGGCCACCUACACUCAAUGUACCUGAUGUCAGGUAGACUUUUAUUGUGAAUUUUAUUUGUAUAUUCAACUGGGAGCACUUUGUAGGCAUUGCAUAAACCACAGCUUAAAAACCUGUGGAAUUAAGUGCCAUGUGGAACUGCUGCUAUUUUUAGUUUGUUGUCCUCGCUGUAAACUGUAGCAUUAAAACAAUCAUUAUUGUGUUAAUAGGCUUCUUGUUAAAACAAUUAAGUGAAACAAAUCUAAGCUGCAAUUUUAGUGAAGGCAGCAUUUUUCUCUCAAAGCUAGUGCAUUGUGAAAUAAUGCACCAAUUUAAUAUUUGGACUUUGUAUUAGUGUAGUGCAAUUGUUAAUGUUUUGGCUGUUGAUGUUUUGUAAUUCUUUCUAAUAAGGUUCUCUAAAUGUUGGUAUUCUCUUCAGUUGUCCAUUCUUGAGGCUAUUGUAUAUUUUUUUUUUACAUUGAAGUACUUGUAAAUAAUUGUUUAGUGUUAAGUGUUCAGGCUGUUCUUCACUGUUUAUGUACAUAAGUUUGUGCUUAUAGUAUACUAUACUGAAACUGCAGUCUAAGAUGCCAACAGACAAAGAUUAACUAUUCAGUUCUAAGUUCCAAAAUGAACAGAAUGUGGCCAUCAGAACCUGUACUGAUGUUGGACCUAGGCUGACAGAUGUUGCUAAAAAAUAGUACUGUUCAAAUUACUGGCUUAUCUCUUCAUUAAUUUUAGUUUAAACAGUGUUUCCCAUUUGUGUUCUAAUUGUUCUUACUAUUGCUGAAUUUGAAUAUUAAAGUUAAAAGUUUUGUUUAAUAUUGGCUAACACUUAUUUAACUCCAUAGUUGUGGAAAUAAAAUACUGAGUCAGGAAUAUACUAUGGCAAGUCCUGCUUAGAUCUACUUCCUCCUCCUGCAUAAUGCUUGUGGUUCCCUCUCACAGGAGUGGGACUGAGGUAACAUACUCGUUGAUAGUUAUGUUAGGAGAGAAGCACCUCAGUCUGUGUGUUAGUAUCCAUAGCAGUCUGUCCUCUACAGCUUCAGAAACGAUACUGCAUGUUGGAAAGAUGAAGCCGCUGGAAGAUUUGAAGUGGAACCCGUGACUGUGGAGAUGGAGGAUUAGAAACUAUGUGAAGAAACACCUUGGGUCUGAGGUAAGGAGGAAAACGCAUGAAAACUCAUGAAUUGCUGAGAAUGGGAAGAGAACUGCUUUUUUAGAAGUUGGGGAAGAAAACAAUGGGAGGAAUUGGAAUAGUCGAGGGAACACAGUAAUAGCAUGUUCUGUGGCAUGGAUGCAAAAUUUUUAUGCGUUUGUAUUUUACUUCACAUGGAGAGAUGCAGUAAAAUUAAUGAAGGCUUAAUAGAUUAGUCUAUUGUUGAGGCUUUUAUGCUGCUAUAUUGAAGAGCUGCAGGUGACUGUCAGAGAAGCUGUAUGAUUUGAAUGGACUAUCAUAAAAUUUAACUUAGCAAUAGAAAACUGCUAAAUAUUUUUAUUUCUAAGAAGUCUCAAUGCUAUUCAUAUAUGACAGUGAAAUUCAGAGGCUUGGUUUAGGUAACUUUAUUCUCUGAAUUGUGCAGUUAUCAGUAAAAACUGAGAGACCGGAAUAUCUUUUAAGUUUUUACUUUGUAUGAUAGUCCUGUAUUAUUUAUGAGAAAACUUAAGGAUAUCUCAUACAGUUUUGUUGCAGCAUUUUAGUUCUCCGUUACAUUAAAUGAGACCUCUCUUAAAGUGUAUUUCUAAACAGUCAUUAGCUGGUGGGGGAUCGACAAACUUAUUAAGCCUUUCUUCCCCUAUAGUGUAAAUAAAUUUGAUAUACCUAUGAUAA